GAAGAACCAAAAUUGAACCCAUGUUCUGCAAUUCAUCCUUUAACAAAUGGGUUUUUUGAUCUCAGUGAAUUAAGCUCCAUUAAUAAAGAGAAUACAGUUGCCUUCAGUGCAAAAGGUUAUGAUUAUAAUAAAAAUUUCACAUUAAGCAUAUGUUCAUCACCAUUAAAACCAAAUAUUGAUGUUAAUAAUAAUUAUAAUGGUCAUUUUGCCAAAUAUCAUAUAAACUCAAGUGAAGUUGGUGGGUUUUAUACAGAUGAAGCCGGCGAUAAAUUCAGUAUUGGGAAUUUCAACUCUACGCCAGUUUUUAGAGGUAAGAAAUUAACAUUGACAUAUAACAAUGGUAGUUAUUGUCCAAAUGGAAUUGAUAAAAAAUCAACAGUGCUAUCAUUCAUCUGUGAUAAAGAAAUUUUAGCAAAAGCUAGUGUUUCAUUUGUUGGUGUUUUACAUGACUGUGAUUAUUUCUUCGAAGUGAGAACUGUUCAUGCAUGUCCUACAGCUCAAAAAGCUGAUAAUUUAGCAUUGAUCUGGAUCUUUUUGUUUAUAUUUUUGGCUGCCUUAAUGGUUUAUUGCAGCGGUGGAUUUUUAUACAAGAGAAUU